AAUCUGUUGCGCCGCCGCCCGCGGGAGCCGGCAGAUCCGGGUCUCGUGGCUGAAAGUGACGUGGUCAGUCGAAUCAAAACAGAGGAGGGGAGGAAGCCGGCGGCCAGGAGCAGCGGCGGCAGCGGCGUCCCGAGCAGCCGCAGCGUUCCGGAAGCCCCAGGCGGUCUUUCUGCCGAGCCUUGGUCCCGGCCCCCAUCCUCCCCGCCCCGUCGGUUGUUGUCUGGGCGGAUUUAAACAGUCAAGUUAAAUCAAGCUGGGUAAUCAUGGCAGAAGGUGGAUUCGACCCCUGUGAAUGUGUUUGCUCUCAUGAACAUGCGAUGAGAAGGCUGAUCAAUCUGUUGAGGCAGUCCCAGUCCUACUGCACAGACACAGAAUGUCUUCAGGAAUUACCAGGACCCUCUGGUGAUAAUGGCAUCAGUAUUACCAUGAUCUUGAUGGCCUGGAUGGUUAUUGCAGUGAUCUUGUUUCUGUUGAGACCUCCGAAUCUAAGAGGAUCCAACCUAACUGGAAAACCAACCAGUCCUCAUAAUGGACAAGAUCCACCAGCCCCUCCUGUGGACUAACUUUGUGAUAUGGGAAGUGAAAAUAGUUAACAUCUUGCACGACCAAAUGAACGAAGAUGACCAGAGUACUCUUAACCCCAUUAGAACUGUUUUUCCUUUCGCAUUUGCUGUAUGGGAUGGUAUUGUUUUCAUGAGCUUCUGAAAAUUUCACUUGCAAGCUUAUUUUUGCUUCCUGUGUUAUCACCUUUCCUAUUUACAGUAUAUUUGAGUAAAUGAUUGCAUUAAAAAGCUACAUGUGGCUUUUUUGGUUAUCCUAAACUUAAACAUUCCAUUCAUUCUAUUUGUAACUGUGAUUAUAAUUUUUUUGAUAGUUUCUGGCCUGAUUGAAGGAAAUUUGAGAUCCCUGCGUUUAAAUAUUUUAAAUAGUUUUAUAGGUUUAAAUUUUUUUCAUAAGGUAUUUAUAAAGUUAUUUGGGGUUAUCUGAGAUUGUAUGAAAGAAGAUUAGAACCACACUGUAUUUACACUUACCUUGGUAGUUUAUUUGUGGGUGGCAGUUUUCUCUAGUUCUUGGGACUGUGACAGCCUUUGGAAUUGUACAAGUUACAGCUGAACUCUGUAUUAUCCACUAAAACUGGCUUAUGUGGCUAGAAAUGGAGGAAAGAAAAAAAUGAAACAAUUGUUUACUCAGUUUUUUAUUCCCAUAAAAAUGUCUGAUAUUAAGAAAACUUCAAAUAAACAUGAAUUAAAUAUGGUAGAUGACCUAUAGUCCAUUAUAUGACAUUUGUAAGCCACUGUACACUAGCCUUACAUGGUUCAUGAAAGGAGGGGAAAAGUUAAUUCUUUCUGCCUUUGCCAGGUAUAAUCUAUACAGUAAUAAUUUAAGCUGUAAUUUAUUUUUUAAAUGGAUGCCUCUCAGGAAGCUGCUUUUCUUUUGUAACACUUCCCUGUUAAAUGAAACUAUCUUAAAGCUGUAUUAGGGGCCUGUUUGGUUACUGACAUUUGAAUGCUAUUUACUUACUUUAUUUUUUUCAAAGAAAAAAUUUUGAGUCUUGUUAUCUGACUUUAAAAAGUAUUUAAUGAAUUCUUGGUUCACUCCAAGGAAAAUGAGAAACAAUCAAGGAUCUUUUUCUCAACCCCAUCUCAUUCUUGUUUGGUAAUAGGAUGGACUGGAGUAGGGAGGAGCAUUAAUAUAAGUAAAAGUUUGAAAUGUAUAGAAAAGUAAAAGGUUGCAUUGGUUUUCGUUCAGUUUGAAAGAAAAUGAAGACAAAUGGCAUUAAGAAAAAGUCCGCAUGACUUGUGUGUUUAUGGAUUUAUUCCCCUAGAAAGUGAUUGCAAAUGAUUUGUGGGGGCUAGAAGAUACUUAGCUAUCAGUGUAAGGAUUUCCUCCCUUCCCAGAUCAGUCUAGCUUUUUACUGUAUAGAUCUGAGAAAUUACUUAUAUGAAUUAAUAAACUUCUCUGUAUCAUUGUACUGUUUAAUAGAGUCUCUGAUACAAUUAUGUGAUGCUCAUAGGGUAUUUGUUUUCCUUUAUUAUGAUUAUAUUCUAGGCUGUAAACACUCUAAGGGCUUCAUUUCAUUUUCUAAUACACUGCUUGUGUUCCUCAACUGUACAUUUUGGCUUUGUGCUCAACUCCUUGAAAUAAUACAACUUACUCUUAAUUACUUGUGUUAAUCAAGAGGUAUCAUAACACAGGUAAGUCAGAUCCUGGAUAAAUGAGCACCGCAGAUUUAAGGUUUUUCCCUCCUAAUGUGGCCUACUGGAAGCCUUGCCAGCUCUAUAGCUCUUAAAGCAUUUACAGCAGAAAGGGCAGGAGUGGCAGAAGAUGGAGCCAAGUCCCUGUAGGCAUUCAUUUCUCUACCCUUGCCCCUGAACCUUGAACAAAGGCUUGCACAUAAGUCCCAACAGUCUGCUCUCUAAGCUGCUCGAAAGCCAGUCUCUGGCAGAGAUACUGAUGUGUUCACUGAAUCUGUGGCUCACAAAUAAUUGAGAAUUGACUUUGGUUGAAUAAGUGGCUGUGACAUGGAAACAGAAUGUCUAGUGUUAACUAGAAACCUGGAAAUGUGGGUUCUUAUUCUUAGCUCUUCAUUUCUGUCACAUAUACUUAAUUGACAUUAUAUCUAGAAUAUCCUAUAUGGACCAUCUGUUUAAUUAGUAACUAAAGUUCUUAGUGAAGUAUUUAGUCUUCGUUUUUUUUUUGCUUGUAAAAUUUCUCUGCACUCCUGACAAAGACAAUAUGCAGUAGCACAUAAAGUAUUCCUAUUAACCUAACUAGUAAUUUAUAUUAUUCUAAUUAAUUCUUAAAGCUUCUACAUGUGGCCUUUUUACUGAGCACACUCUUACUCAUUACUUGGCUUAUAAACAUUCGCCUGAACUGUGGCUACAAUCAUUUUUAAGUAAUCGGGGAAAAAAGAAAGAUAAUGCUUCACAUUUUAAUCACUUUUGGCUCUUAAACAUUCCACAAAUGCCAUUAAGAGUUGAUUUUGUUUUAGAAUUAUUUAAUGUUCUUAUAUGCAAAAUGUUUUUCUGCUUUCCACGUGGAAAAAAUUAACAUUGGAACUGUGUAUAGUAAAAGAUUUUAUCAUGUAUCCAAGCACUAUCCCAUGGUCAGCAAGUCAUAUUUUAAACUACUUGGAAAGAUUUUCAGAAGUAACUAUUAAGUACAGCUAUUUCAUGGUUACUUUCAGUGUCUUUGUGGUAUGCGAUGUGAUAGUGUUUAUGGAAUUACCUACAUCUUACAUUUUCAAAGGAACCUUAGAAGCCUCUUACCCUGAAUCAGUCUGUCACUCUAAAUGAAUAUGUGCUAAAAUUUGACCAGCUCAGUUUAAGACACAAAACAGCAACUUGAAGGAGAAAUGGAGUGAGUUUAACGGGUUAAAUUUUUGUUGUUGCAAUAGUAGGUUUAGUCUUAACAUUAUAAUAUUCUGAAUGAAACGUCGUAUGUAUUUGUUACCAUGUCUGAUGAUUACUUUGUUAAAAGCAAAAGUGGUCAUGUGAUAUACUAAAUGGGAAUUGUUUUUAAAUGUUUAAAUCAUGCCAAACAAAUCAUGUCUGUGCCAUCCAGUGUUUAUUGUAAUCUUUUACUGAGUACUUGGAUUGGGAUAAAGGGCUUGUACUAUGCACUUUUUAUUAAUGAAUAAAUAGAAAAUGUUAGUUAACACUCA